AUUAGUACCAAGGAGGUUAUGUUCAUCCGAUUUGAUUAUUUGUUUUGUUCUUGAAGCUUCCUGCUUGUCCUCGACAAGGUUGUAUGAUGAAACUCCACUAUUGAUUCCUUUCAUACUUUGUUUGAGAGGUAUCAUACCACUUGUCUUAUUUUUGUUUUUCAGGUAACCCGAGGUAGUUGUUGAAGCCGCGCUGUUGAAUCAAGUUUGCUGGUUAGAUGUGUCCGGAAAGUUCAACACAAAAGACCUGUCUCUAGGGAUAAAGUACGAGGUGUUUUUCAUGGUUAAGCUAGAGGCUACAGCUUACGGAUGGGAUUGGGCACCGGUUAAGCUGAAAUUGGUCACGCCGAGUAAUAGCGAGACACCUCAAGAGCAGAGUGUGAGCUUUGAGGAACACAUUGGGAAGCAAUGGAUAGAUAUUCCCGCCGGUGAGUUCAUAAUGUCUAAGGAGAACGCAGGAGAGAUCAGUUUCUCAUUGUAUGAGCACGAAGCCAAUAUGUGGAGAGAAGCUUUGAUCUCGUUUAGGUCCCAACUUAGCCGAAGCCCACAAACACUUUCUUUCUCUUGGGACCAAAACAUAUCUCCUUGUAAUUGGACUGGCGUGUCUUGCAACACACGGAACAGAAGAGUGACUUCCAUUAACCUCUCUGGUCAAGGUCUCACCGGUUCCAUAAGCCCAAGUAUUGGUAAUCUCUCUUUUCUCACAUCUCUUCAACUUCAAAACAACCAACUUCGAGGUCCAAUUCCAAAAGAGAUCACAAGUCUUUUCCGCCUAAAGGUUCUUAAUUUAAGCUCUAACAACUUUGAAGGAUCUUUACCUUCCACACUAAGCAAGUUAGUCAAUCUCCGAAUCCUCGAUCUAACCUCAAAUACGAUCACUGGUCUUGUUCCAAACCAACUUGGUGAUCUCAAGAACCUCAAUCUCUUAAACUUGGGCAAAAAUCUUUUCUAUGGACCAAUUCCACCAUCCCUUUCAAACAUUUCAUCACUCACCGUUUUAAACCUAGGCACAAACUCUCUAAGUGGUCCAAUUCCUGAUGAUUUGGGUCGUCUUCAAAUGCUACAAGUCCUUGAUCUCACCAUAAACAACCUCACUGGAACUAUUCCUCCUUCUAUAUAUAACAUCUCUUCCCUAGUCUCUUUGGUUCUUGCUUCCAACAACUUAUGGGGUCAAUUUCCUAGCAACAUAGGAGAUACACUUCCAAAUCUUUUGGUUUUCAACAUAUGCUUCAACAAGUUCACCGGAAAGAUUCCAGCUUCUCUACAUAAUCUCACAAACAUCAAGGUGAUCCGCGCGGCGCACAAUCUUCUAGAAGGGACUAUACCACCAGGUCUAGGAAAUCUCCCAUUCCUAGAAAUGUACAACAUCGGAUUCAACAAAAUAGUAUGGGGUGGAGAUCUAAAUCUUGAUAAUUUUAUCAAGUCUUUGAGUAAUAGCUCUCAACUUAACUUCCUUGCAUUCGAUGGAAAUCUCUUGGAGGGUGUUCUUCCAGAAUCUAUUGGAAAUCUUUCAAAGAAUCUUUCGAAACUUUUCAUGGGAGGAAACCGCUUCACGGGUAAAAUUCCAGAAUCUAUUGGCAAUCUCACUGGCUUGACGCUUCUUAACAUGAGUGAUAACUCACUCACUGGUGAAAUCCCUCAAGAAAUCAGAAAAUUGAAAGGGUUGCAAGUGCUAGAACUCGCAAUAAAUCAACUUGUUGGAAGAAUCCCUGAUUCUCUUGGCGAUCUUGGCGCGUUAAAUGAGAUCAAUCUAUCUCAAAACAAACUAGAAGGUUUGAUCCCGCCAUCGUUUGAAAACUUCAAGAAUGUGCUGUCCAUGGACCUAUCCAACAAUAGGCUAAGUGGAAGAAUACCAAAUGGAGUUCUUAACCUUCCUAGCUUGAGUGCUGUCUUGAAUUUAUCGAAAAACCUAUUUUCUGGUCCAAUCCCUCAAGAUGUAAGUCGUCUCGAAAGCCUUGUGAGUCUAGAUAUCUCUGAUAACAAGUUUUUAGGCAACAUUCCCUCAUCUAUCAAAGGUUGUCAGAGCUUGGAGAAGCUAAACAUGGCUAGGAAUCAUCUUUUUGGAUCAAUUCCUGAUGAAUUAGCAGAAGUAAAAGGUCUAGAGUUCAUAGACCUCUCGUCAAACCAAUUUUCUGGUUUUAUUCCUUUGAAAUUUCAAGAUUUACAAGCUUUGAAGUUCUUGAAUCUUUCAUUCAACAAUCUUGAAGGAAGGAUCCCAAAUGGUGGGAUUUUCAAGGAUAGUUCGAAUGUUUAUAUGGAGGGAAAUCCCAAGCUAUGCAUCCAUGCGGCUUGUCGAAAAACUCGGAUGCACGGAAAGCUUUUGAAAGUGAGCAUUAGUACAUGUGCGGUAGGUGUAAUUGCGAUAUGCGUGAUAACUUUCUUGAUUCUGAAAAGAAAAGCAAGAAAGUCUAUCACAUCUGCAUUAGCAAGUUCACUCCUCAAGGAACCAUUCAUGAAUGUCUCAUACGAUGAGCUCAAGAGAGCUACUGAGAAUUUCGACCCUAGAAAUAUUCUCGGCGUUGGAAGCUUUGGAUCAGUAUUCAAAGGGAUAAUAGGAGGAGUUGAUGUCGCGAUGAUUGCAAAAGUUGGCGAUUUCGGGCUGGCUCGUGUGUUGUUUGAUGCGUCGGAUGGUCGUGGUCACGCUUCUACAAGCUCCACACACGUCUUGAAAGGCUCCAUUGGCUAUAUUCCUCCAGAGUAUGGACUUGGAGAAAAGCCAUCACAAGCAGGAGAUGUGUAUAGCUUUGGAGUGAUGUUGUUAGAGCUUUUUAGUGGGAAAAGCCCAAUGGACGAGAGCUUCGAAGGAGAUCAAAGUCUGGUAAAAUGGAUAAGUUAUGGGUUUCAAAAUAACGCAAUUAUGGAAGUGAUUGACCCUAAUCUUAAAGGACUCAUGGACAAUAUUUGUGGUGCACAACUUCAUACAAAAAUUGAUUGCCUUAACAAAAUUGUGGAAGUUGGAUUGGCUUGCACUGCAUAUGCAGCUGGUGAGCGGAUGAACAUGAGAGAUGUGCUACGGAUCUUGAAAGCGGCUAAGGGGAUGCUUGUCAAAGGACACUAAUGGAGAUGAUCUCUUUUCGUUAGUGGAGUUUAAAUAAAUAAGUCUAUAGUUA